AUGACCAUUCGAACCACCAUUCACCGCGGGCCUCUAAACCCGUCUGCCAUAAUCUCGAACCCAAUUCUGGAAUUUUAUGCCAAAUACGCGAAAGACUUCAGAUUCGCCAAAUCCAGUACGCCGCCUACAGCCUACUAUUCGACUGCAUCCAAACUGAUAAAUACCGAUGCCACCAUCAUAUUCGGGGCACAGGCAAUCUGGGAUUACUAUAUUGCUCUCUACGGGCAGUUCGAGCGCUGCGAGUAUGAGGUGAUCUCGCUGACCGUGAUCCAUGAUGAUGAAACCGGGAAACAUACCCUCACUGGGGAAUUCUUGAACACACUGCAUUUAAAGGACAACAAAGGGACAGUUACACUUCCCCAGACUUUUAUCUAUGAGAUUGCGAAUGCUGAGGAAGGAUGUGGGACGGAUGGGUUGCAGAUUUGGGAGGUUAGGUGUUAUUUUGAUAGGGGGAUCCUGCAUGGGGCAGCAACCCUGUAA